CCUCCAGGUACGGGUAAAUCCUAUCUGGCCAAGGCAGUUGCCACGGAGGCCAACAACUCCACCUUCUUUUCCAUCUCCAGUUCAGAUCUGGUGAGCAAGUGGCUAGGCGAAUCCGAGAAGUUGGUGAAGAAUCUUUUCGAAUUGGCCCGCCAACAUCGUCCCAGCAUUGUCUUCAUUGACGAAGUAGACUCCCUCUGCGGAUCGCGCAGUGAAAAUGAAUCGGAAUCUGCCCGCCGAAUAAAGACCGAAUUCCUUGUUCAAAUGCAGGCUGACUUCCGGGAGCUGGGCAACCGCACAGAGGGUUACUCGGGUGCGGAUAUCUGCAUCGUCGUUCGUGAUGCCUUAAUGGCACCCAUACGGAAGGUGCAGUGUGCCACUCACUUCAAAAAGGUUGGUCUCUAUGUGCCUAUGUUAUCACUCUCCUUUUGCACCUCGGACCAGCUAAUGCAGAUGAUUAACUACCUCCUUCAGACCGGCUUUUGCAUCGGCUUUAACUAUCCAAUCCUGUUUUGGUGUGUUUAA